AUGGAUUUUGGAAAGCGGGACAUGGAAGCAAAUGCUUUUAAGGAGGAAGACCACAUGUCACAGCAGACGGCGAUUGAUGUGGCACGCAUGGUACCAUCUUCCAGUGUAACCAUUGAGAAGGUCAUGCCUUCUUUAUCCCUGGGCUGGGCUGACAGUAUGAUUAUUGCUACCUCCUUCCCUCUGGCGAAAAAGAUUGCAUGUUCUAGCACCUUCUUGGUGCAAAGCAUGGAUGGACACCUCUCUCCCUUCUGUGAUUUAGCUUCUGUGGGAAGGAAAUCCCAGCACACAGACCAGAAGAAAAUGCUGGCUGAUUCUGCAGGGCAGCAGGACCAGGUGAUGAGGCAGCAGAUGGAGCAGCUGCAAAGGCUGGUAGCUGAGCAGCAGAAAAUCAUUGCACUGUACAACCCAGAUAAUUGUCAAUUAAAAGAACGGAGUGUCCCUGAAACUUUUUUUGCUGUUAAAGAAGAACAAAGAGAACAAGUAGAGGAGGAGAUUCCUCCAUCUCCCUUUGGCAUAGAAGGGAAGACGAAGACUGGAAACACAGAGUACAGGCCAAUGACACCAGGAUUUGGUAUUAGACAGAAGCUUUCUGAAGCAUUUGUUGAAGAACAACUUAAAACAGCAAAACAGCAGAAGGAGCAGCAGAGUAAAGCAAAAAUAACACCACGGAAGACUUUUCUGAAACGAAAAGAAGGUAUGGCAAGGCUCAAAAAAAAUAAACAGAAGCCUUUAAAAGAAGACAGCAAGCAUUCCAGAAGAGCUGGUUUGGACUGCUGGGGUCAUUUAUCCCAGCCUGGCCAAGUGGAUGCAGGCAUAGUGCACCCAGGGGACUCCUCUCAGUUACAUCUGCGGGUCAGUAGCUCCAUGGUGAUGGGUACACAUGAAAAAAAAUCAGACUGUGCUCUAGCUGAGUGGGAGAUAAAGGCUCAGACAAACUGUGAAGUAACAGGAGUUGAGCAAAGUGCAGAAGAAAAAGAAGUGGUUGGGAGAGAUGAAGACACAAAGGAAAAUCCUGUUGACUCACCACAGAGAAGGUGGCCUGAAAUCCUGCAACCAUGUCCUGAAACAGGAACAGAAAUGAACCUACAAGCAGGCGAGGAAAGGGAAACUCACCAUAUGGAUUCUCUAGGACAAGCAAGCAGAACUGAUGGAAGACCUGUGGAGGGUACCCUGCAAAAGGACCUAGGGAGGAUGGAUCGGUCUCUGAAGGGUCAUCUCACAGGGGGAGAAAAUCCCCCCUUGGAAGUCCUGCAAAAGCAUUCUCCACUCCAGGAUUUAGAAAUAGGUUGUACCAAGGAGGCAGAGUGGAGUGCAGGCCCUGCAUUCAGACGGGGUCAGAAGUGGGUUCAGGUGUGCCCUCAGGAACUUGUUCCAGGGAGCCCGAGCUCAGAAAGCAAAAGGCAAAUCCAUACUGGGUUUAAGAUGGUCAAUGACAAGAUAGUAAAAAUUACACGUAGCUCAUCUGAGGCUGUGGAGGAGGGAAGCUCAUCCUCAGCCUUGCAACAGGAGUGGCAAAGGAAGGGGACAGCUGCUUCGACAUGCCAUGUUGUUUCUUUGUCCUGCGAGUCAAGCUGCUUAUCCUCCAACAGUGACGAUGACCCCACAUCUCAGUAUCCCUCCCAGCACAGCUCUCAGGGAGUGGAUCAUAUCGAUGGACAUUUGGAUCUCUCAGAUGGUGAUUAUGCUAGUGAUGAGCCCAGUGGGACUGAAAAAAUGUCUGUUAACAAGUACAGCAGAUCACCCCCACGGAAACAAGAUAUUCAGAGAGGGUUCAUAAAUAUUCAGAAAGUUCUGUGUACUAACAUCGGUGUCUUUGUAGAAGAAACCCAGAACAUCCGUACCAGAGGAUUAGAGACUGGAGUAUCUCGCAGAGGAACCCCUGCACUGACUAGGGUGGAAGAAGAACAAGAGAAAGCAAUGCAUUGUCACAGAACACGAAUGGACCAGCUCAAAACUGUCAAGAGCCAGGAGCCGACUCACCCUUUGGAAUACGACACAAGCCAAAUCCACCCACUGCAGAAAGAAAAAAAUGCCCAUAGCAAGUUCAAAGGAACAGCUAGAGCCACUGGAGAAAAUGUGAAAUCAGAAGAAAUACAAAUAUUAAAACAGCAGAUUGCUGGACUGCAGGAGGAGUUCAAGAGAAAUGAGUCCUGCUGGCAUGCUGCCUACAGCAAGCUGAGAGACCAGGUUGAGAUGCUGACCAGGCAGAACAUGGAGCUUCGAGAUGAGCUCAGAGCUUCAGAACAUCAGGGACGGAAAGCAGAAAAAAACUCAGAAGCUGUGAAUUUCGUGGAGAGAAAAUCAGAGACACCGGUUGCAGAAGCUAUUCUGCGAGAGACAGCACCUUCAUUCAAACAAGAAGAAAGGUCAUGGAGAGAUAAUCACAAGAACCACAGCAUCUCUCAUGUGGGGCUGAAGACAUCUUUGCAAAAACACUUCUUCAGAGAUGUGAAUAGCAAAGUUGUAUAUCAACCCUCUGUUACUGGGAGAAGAACAGAAGACAGGAAAUCACCUGGAGCUGUCUCGCAUCUGAGUGGUGGUUUUAAGGAGCCUAACUCAUCUUCCUAUGUAAAAGGCAGGUCUUUGCCCAUUUCAGAUAGCUCAGAAGACAUGCCCUUCUCACAUAACCACAGCAACAACACUUGCACAUUUGCACUCUGCAGUAACAAUGAAGAAACGGAGCCUCCAAAAUCAAUAUUAUCUAGAAGGUCAAUGUUACAUCAAGAAAGAAGAAAAAGUGAGGAAGAGGUGCAGCAAAAAAUAGAGUAUCGCGAUGGAAAGGUAGAAGAGGUGCUUACUGAUGGACGUCGAAUCAUCACUUUCCGCAAUGGUACCAAAAAAGAGAUCAGUGCUGAUAAAAGGAUGACAACGAUCAGCUUUUUCAAUGGAGAUGUAAAGAAGAUCAUGCCGGAUCAAAGAGUGAUUUAUUAUUAUGCAGAUGCACAGACAACCCACACGGCUUAUCCAGAUGGCCUGGAGGUGCUGCAGUUCCCUAAUAAUCAGAUAGAAAAACAUUAUCCUGAUGGCACACAAGAAAUCAUGUUCCCAGAUCACACAGUGAAAUGCCUCUAUAGUGAUGGAAUCAAGGAAACCUUUUUCCCAGAUGGUACAGUAGUAAAAGUAGAAAAGAACGGAGAUAAAAUAGUGGCAUUCAGUAACGGCCAAAAGGAGAUUCACACCGCGCAGUUCAGGAGGCGGGAGUACCCAGACGGCACAAUAAAAACUGUGUACUGCAACGGCAGACAGGAAACUAAGUACUCCAAACUCUCGGGUAAUAUCAUCCUAGAUAAGAAGUGA